ACUACAACCGACUACAAUUUAUCUAAAUAGCGCCUGGAUACAGAGACUAUAUUAAGGAGAAUCGACGAAAUUGGAUAUAUCCACGACCCAAACACCGGCAUCUGUUUCGAUUUUCACAUCUUAUUUGGACGAAAUUUAGAUUGUAGAGUCACCAUGCCUCCCAAAGGAAAAGUUGGCACAAAGGGACAGAAACAGAUUCUAGCAGAAAAUGCAGAGACCCUAAAUUACUACAGGAAUAUAAUGGUUGGAGCAUCACUGCUAUACAUUGUCAUCCGUCUUCUUUGGAAACUGGACACAUUUACAUGGUGGAACUGGCUGGUCCUCGCCUUUGCAACGGCAGUCUACUUCGGUUGUUACUACUUCAUGCGCAUGAUGGCCCAGGCAAAGUACUCGGAGACCGGGGCGUUGCUUGAUGGCGGACUGGACCUGAACAUGCAGUCUGGCAUGGGAGAGCAUAUUAAAGACAUCAUUCUUGUGACUGCGAUCGUACAAGUUUUAGGAAUCUUCUCAGAGUACUUUUGGCUAAUAUGGUUCGUGAUACCGGGAAGAGCGUUCUAUCUCCUCUGGGUCAACAUCCUGUCGCCGUGGAUAUUUGCCCCGGCCCCAGAAGUGGAUGAGAAGAAGCAGAAGAAAAUGGAAAGGAGACAAAAUAGGAGAUUUUAGUUUGUUAUUCCAAUUCAAUUUUAUAGUUUUAUUUUUGUUCUAGAUGGUAGUGAAGGUAGUGAAUGUGUUAAGUAAAACGAGAAGAAUGCAGAGUAAGUGAAUUUGAAAGCAAAUCUCUUUGCUUUUCAUGUAACAUCUACAGCUAAUAGGCAAAUAGAAAAAUACAUAAUAUUCUAUUUGAUCAGCACCUUGAUCCUCUACAGAGUUCUUACGUGAUCUUAGUAUAUUGCAUUAAAUCAUCACAAGCUACCAUUGACAUAAAUCCAUGAGGUCAUUCUCUUUAAGAGGGGGGGGGGGGGAAUGAAACAAUGGAUCACCACCCCCCCCCCUUGAACAAUACUGCCGUACUUUGGCAAAAGGAAGCAAGUUACAAAAGUAUCAUUCGUUGUAAAUGAGCAAUGUGUGUUCGUCAUUCACAUACAUGUAGGCGUCAAUGCAAUUUAACAGCAUAUUUUCUUCAAUAUCUAUCAUAGAACGAUCAUUUCUUCCCCAAAUUUUGCCUGAAUGUGCAACAUACAUAGGGCGUUUCAGAAACAACAAUAGCUCAAAUUUGACUGAUGUGUCACUUGCUUCCUUUUGCCAGAGUUGGGCAGAAUAGGUUCACAGCUUGGAUUUAUGCCAGUGCAAGCUAAAUCACCUAAAUUAAAAGAUUUAAAGAUCCCAAGGCUCCCUCAAAAUAAACUUUAAACCAGGGACUUGUGACACAAAACUUACUAAUUGAUUGUAUGCUUGUACAUGUAUGUUUAUACGUUUGAGUGCACAUAAAGAGCAAUAUUAACAAGCAUGAAGAAUUGAAAAUCAGCCCUCAGAUUAAGAUCUGAGCUAUUUGUUACAGGGUGUAGAACACUUGGAGAAUUAUAAUAAUAAUGAUUAUAUUAGCUUAUACCAUGCGAGUAAAAAAAAAACUUGACACCUCACAAAUUCCAAUUUAAGGAAAAAUAUGUCAUGGACACAUGAUUAUUAUACAUGUCUGGAAAGAGUAUCUUCUCCCAAAUAAUUCAAUACCACAUGAGUUAGAGAACAUAUUUGUUAAUCCCUUUCCAACAAAAUGAAUUUGAGAAUUGACACUAAAUGUGUUUAUUAAACGAUUAUAAUGUAAAUUACUGUAAAGGUGUUUUGAAAUGGAUUUUAAUGAAACCUUUGUAGGAUUAUGACAUCAUUGUCACCUGGGGUUCAUUCAUGGCAGUCAUGCCUUAAUUUGGCGCAAGUCAAAAUUUACCUCACUGCAAAGAAUGCCUACUGAUUAUCUAAGCAUGAAGACAUACAACAUACAUAUGGUAUCAAAUUAUUUGGGAGAAGAUACUCUUUCCAGCCAUAUGUAAUAAUUAUGCAUUCAUGACAAUUUUUUCCCCUUAAAAUUAAAUCGGGGAUUUGUGAGAUGUCAAGUUUUUUUUUGCUCACACAGUAUAGUACAUAGCACUUACCUUAUCAGAAGUCUGUAAGUGCUCUAAAGUUAUGCAGCAUAAUUAAUAAAUUAAGCAGCUAAUCCGCACCCUUUGUUUCAAGGAAUGAAUUCCUGCCAGCCCCCCCCCCCCCAUUUACCUCACCUGGGUUGAGUGCAACUCAAUGUUGAUAAAAUUUCUUGCUGAAGGAAAUUGACGCUAUGGAAACUAACUCUUUGCAAGAAUGACAAUCAAGUGUAUUGAUUAAGAUACAAAAUCGGGGGGGGGGGGGGGGGGUCAUAAACUAAAAUUGAAUUGAUUUCAAAUGGAUUUAAAUCUUAAAUCGAUUUAAAGCUUGCUAAAACACCCCAAAAGGGAUCGAAACACGUUAUGUGAUAUUAGGGAAUAUAAUGAAACAAAAUACAAAGAACAAGCAAAACAGAUGAUUGAUUUUGCGUAUCCCUGCAGGUGUUUCAUAAUCCAAAAUCAAUCGUUAAAUCAAUUUUGAUUUUAUAAAAAACAUCCCAUUACAUAGUGUCCUGUUCAUACAUGUAGCUCUGCUAAGAUAGAAGAUGGAGUGCAAUAUGUAGCUAAUAAUCUAAAGCCCUGUUCUGUAUUUCUGAAAAAUACAAACCUGUCUUUUAUACUGAGUCUGUUGCCUUUUCCAUGAUGAAACUCUUUUGCAACCGUCAUCGAAUGAGUACAUGGUAUUCAGUUUUGCAUUGUUUGUAGCUAUUUGAUUAAUUUAUAGGAGGUAAAUGUAGAUUGUUUAAUGAUAGAUUUGAUGUAGCAUGACAUGGGAAAACAGACUCUAUUGAUAGGGACUUUGAAUGAAAUAUUUCAAUUUUUUCUGUGUAGAUAUCUACAUUUUCUACUUAUUGGAUAAAUAUGUGAUAGAGAAAAUUUACCCAUGGUGGUUUUGUUUAUAGAUGAGGGAUAUAUAUUGAUGAAUGUUUGGUGAAAAUCCAUGAACAAAUAUUAACAGAGUUGAUAAUUUUAAAAUAUUGUGAUUUUGUGACAUCACAUGCAAGCAGCUCCACAAUAUAACAUGUAAUAUAUAUCCCAAUGAUUACGUCAAUUUUCAAAGAAAUUUGAAAAUCAUUUUACCUACAUGUAAACACUCCACUUAUAUGUACAUCUAUUAAAUGAUAUAGUCAUUCAUUAUAAACAAAUUACACUAUUACAAUGUAUGGAAUUAAUAUGGUUACCUGCUUGCAUGUCAUGUUACAGAAUUAGAAUUCAAAGAUUGAUAACGCUUAUUUUGUGAUGGAUUUUCGUCAAACCAUCAUUAUUAUAAAGUUCUUCUCAUUUUUCUACCAUUUUCAUCAUAACUAACUGGACGAAGAGGGAUAGAUUUUCCCUUGUUAAAAGUUGCAACUUCACGAGAUCAAGCAUAUUUUGGUAAAAAAAAUGAUAUUACACAAGCAAAGCAGUGAAAAUAUAUUAAAACCUAAUGACAAAAUAAAAUAAAGUUACAAUAUUAUGCAGUUUUUAUUGUUUUCAAAGAUACUAAAUUGAAGUGGUGAUAUAUGAUCUAGGAAUUUGCUAAAUAUGUAAUGAACUGACUGGCUCUUAACAAUUUUGACAAUGUUAAAUCCACUGGAUAAAGAAAAUAAUAGAAAAUUGAUGGUGGGGUCUUGCCUUAUCCUUGCACUGUUAUUUGUUUAUGUAAGGUUUACUAUGUAAUUGCCAAUUUACAAUCCUUUGUGUUUUCAUCUAUGAAUGCUGCAAAUAAUGAAAUUGAAUUAAUUCUCAUAAUAAACCUUAUGCAUGAGACAUCACGUCAGAAGAGACCCUCAGUCAGAGGACAAGUGACGUUGCUAUUCAAUCACAAGUGACCAUGUGUUAUGAAAUUGAGUUCAGACUUAUUAAUUAAAAAAAUCCUUCUAGAAUGGUGAAUUUUUUUGCCGCAUUGUGGGAUGCCCAAACUGCAGUGUUCGAGACAAGGCCUUGUCCUUCUACUGCAUACCGACAUUUUUGAAAGAGUACCCAAUGAAAGAGUACCUAAUGAAAGGUACCUAAUGAAUUCAGCCCUGUAUCCUUGUUUUUUUCUUUCUGAUUAUUUUGUUACUGUCGUCACAGUGACCUAUAUGUACUGUCUUGUUAACAACCAGCCUGCUUUAAUACAUUCCUUUGUAUCUUUUACGGUGACACAACAUUUGCUCCUGCAACUAUUGCUCCAGGCUUAAUUUUGUCUAAGAUGAAGAGUUAGAGUUGCAAUAAGGUUUUAUGUUAGGUUUAGGGUAGGGUAUAGUGCCUUUAGUGUGUGGAAUUUAGAGUAGAGCAAUUGAGAAAAUGUCAUGGAACCAUCGUUUAGAAUAUAGGAUUUUCAUUUCAAUCCUUUUUUCUGUACCAACUAUAUGUAUAGUUCUCUACUACAGUAUUAUUGCAUUACAGUGUAUGUACAUAAAGGCGUACAUGUAGCUUUUUAUUUUGGGUAUGCAGAAUUGAAGAUGCAUGUGUUCAGGGGAUUCCCCCAGUCAAAUAUAUUGUUUUACACAUGCGUGACCAAAAUAACGCGUUUAAAGGGGUGUUUUUUCAGUUUUGGCCGCAGGCCGCGCAUGCACUCGUUAAGGGUACCAAAAACACAGAUUUUUAAAGAAAAGGGUGGUGUUGAAAGACUGGUCAAUCGUGGGGUCAAAUGUAUUUAGGGUAUGUUUAUAUUCCAAAGUUUUUUUUCUUUAAGACAAGCGAAAUGUGUUUAGGGUUAAGCUUUUUUCCCGGGGUCACAUUCUGGCGACUUGUUUAGGGGCCGAAAUGUGUAAAUAAAGCCCGCAAAAAACUUGUUUAGGGGGUUAUUUUGCACACAGAGAAAAACUUGUUUAGGGGGCGUUUGGAAAUAAUUUGGUCACGCAUGUGCACAGCAAUACAUUUGACUGCCCCCCCCCCCCCGGGUAUUCCCCCUCCCUCGUUCAGUUUUCAUCUAUUGUCUCUCUAAAAGCACAAAAGUCAGGGAUUACAAACUCAUUUACAAAUUGUCUAAUGUAUGCAUCAUGUAUGUGACAUGUAUUAUUUGUUCUGUGAUAUGCAAGUGACAAAGUGAAAGUUUUUACUACAUGUAUACACAUGUUGAGGGUGAUUGUGGUUCCGUGGUUUUCCAAUGGAUUUUGUAUGUACAGGAAUUUUCUUUUCUUGAAAUUGAAAACCUCUUUGUGCCUCUGAAUGGAAAUGAUCAAAGUCUGUAUGAAAUACACGUAGAUAGAUGUACAUGUAAAAAGAUAAAUUACUGUUUUCUGUGGUAACAUUCACACAAUACUUGUCAGGAUGUUGGUUCAACUCUAACUUAGAGAUGGUCACUUCAAAAGGUGUUGGAAUCCAAAGUCACCAAAAAAAAAAAAUCUGACCUUGAAUUAAGAAAGUACAUUUUGAUGUGACUGCCUUUACUCUCUUUCUAAUUGAGCCUUUUUGCUUGAACCAAUCUACUUCCAUGUGAUCACUAAAAGAAGAAAUAUGGUAUUGCUCAUUUGUCAGAGGAUUUGAUGAGUUUCUUUUGAAACAAAGUUUACUUUAAAGUUUACUUUAAUUAGCUUAGCAAUCUGAACUAAUUAAUUUUCUGAUGUUGAUUCAAUACAUUGCAUUGAUUAUGAUGCAUGGCAUGCAGGUCUAUUGGCAAGUAAAUUGGGAUAUUUCCAGUGCAUAAUUUGGCUGAAAUUGAAGAAACAUAGCUGUAUUUCAGGUACUUGAUGUGUGUAUUCUCAUUUUGUGUAAAUAAAAUGAAAAAUAAAGGAUAUAUAUAUGAACAAUAUCA